AUGCCAAGACGACGCUCACUCGUCUUGCUACUUUUUAUCACCUGCAUCUCGGCGCUUCUUGCCAUCAAGCCAGCGCGAGGGGAAGCCAGCACCAAAUGGGACGCUUGUCAAAGAGACCUGAAGAGGUGUCCCCGUGGCACCGUCGCCGUGCGCAAUGCGGCUCAACUCGAUGCAGCGCUCAAGCAGAAAGCCAAAGUCAUCUUCAUCACCUUUGAUGGUCAGCCGGAACGCUUUUGGACGGAUCAUGUCGCUGCUGCAGCGUCCGCUGCCGUCGAUGCUGGCCAGGCUGAAAAAAAGGUGGAUGAUGCUGGUACAGCAAAAGAUGGUCUUGGUGCCUCGACUCCAGAUGCCUCCACCAAGACGGCAGGCAAAGGCUUGAAUUUGGCACAGCUCGACGCUGCCAGUGAGGACACGCCAGACGAUGAUGAGAAGUUGGAGACUGGCGGUGCCCAUGUUAAAAAGACGAUGGGCAAAAGCUCGAAAGCAGAGCAACUCGAUUCGGAAAAGGUCGAACAGAAGCGUGAUCUCACACUGGGCAAAGACGACGAAUCGCUGGACGCGACGGAGUCCGAAUCGAAAGACGGUGGACAGGCGACGAGCAACAACAUCGAAAAGACUGAAAAGACCAGCGAAUCGGAAGGGAGCCGGGCUAGCACGAAUGCCGGACUCGAAAGGAGUGGCGUCGAUGCGCGAAUGAGACACAAGCGCAGCGCCAUUCGAAAGCGACAGCAAGCUUCGCAGGGUAAGGCUAAGGAGCCUGAUGCGAAUGUCGACGAUGAGAGCAAGAGGGCCAAGAGUGGCUCGGGAGAGAGAGGAGGCAUGCCUAGCGCACGUGGCUUUGUCAUCAAUUAUCCAGUGAUCAUCCUGGGUCAGCUGGUGGAUACGCCACAGGGAAAAGGUUGGCCAAUCAUCCAGCGCAAGACGGUCGGGGCGGAUGAAGCGGUCUUCACCAUCAACGUGUCUGGCGGAACAGUGUCCCUGCACGAUUUGGAGAUUCAACAAAUGCAGAAUACGGAAUUGAUGAAUCGGGGAGGUGAUCUACGAGUGGAGGAUCUGAAACCUGCGCCUGUUGUCAAGGUUGGCAGCGGCACCAAAGCUCUGUUCAGCAAUGUUGGCACAGAAGGAUGGCUCAACACGUUCAUUUGCGAGGGACAAUGCGCAUUCUUUGGAGGAUUGAUCGCUGGUUCAGCCAACUUUAUCGUCGGCUCGGGCAAAAUGUUCAUGUGGGAGACACUGAUCAGCGUCCGAGCUACAGGAUCAGCAAUUGGUAUUUGGGACGGUGGUGCUCUUGCAGUCAACAUGGCGGUCAUCGCGUCUGAAGAAGGACAAGCGCCGAGCGCUGGAGAUGGUUCUUACCUCGCAGCUCCGCUCAACAACCACGGCUCUUCUGCUAAACCCAUCACCGUCUCUUUUCAAGACGUGGAGCUGGCGGACAACACCAUCCUUCCUGCAUUGUGGCAACAGACACCUGCUUUCAAAGCUCAGCGAGGUCAAGCUCCCAAUCCUCGUUUCGUCCAUCGAGGAUUGUUCGGUGCUGGCUUCAAGGGGGACCAGAAGGUCGAUACGGUCCUGGACGCGACGCGCCUAUUGAGCAAGGAGGAAUUGAGAGGCUUUCAAAGCAGACGUCAAUUCUUUGGUCAGGAUUGGUGCAAGACUGAUCCCAUUGCGGAUCUGGGUCAAGCAUUCUGGGCUGAUCUAGACAAUCCCAACAAUUGGCCCACGGCGCGCAACAGCCGCAAGGGUGGGCGCAUGAGCGGUAGCAAAGGUAUGGGCGUAGAACAGACAGCUGCCCACAAAACCUCCAGUCUCGAUUCGAAUCUCGGCUCUGCGGAGAGUGGCAAAGGUUCUGGCGACGGGAAAGAUACUGCUCAGGUCGAGGGCCCGAAAGUGGCAAAGCAUACGAAACCCAAAUCCAAUUCUAAUGCUGAUUCCGAUCCCAACCUCGACGACGAGAACGACGACGGCUGA